AUGGAAGACUCUAAAGAUUUCAAUGGUGCGAAAGCGCUGCCAGCCGUUGAUAUUGAGGUUAUCUCCGAUGUGGAUGAACGGGAGCUAGCGAAGAUCGGAAAGAAGUCGGUGUUGAGGCGCAACUUUGCCUUUCUCAGCAUCCUCGGGUUCUCAUGCUCGCUGAUGAUCACAUGGGAAGGAUUGUACAGUGUCUUCGUCUUUGGCCUUAUGAAUGGAGGCCCUGGUGGUCUCCUGUAUGGCUUCCUUUUGGUCUGGGUUGGCUACGCAGCUGUGGUUGCAUCUAUGGGAGAACUCGUUUCAAUGUGGCCAACUGCUGGUGGACAGUACCAUUGGACACAUCGACUCGCUCCCCUGCGAUGGAAGAAUGUGAUGAGCUACAUUACAGGAUGGCAAUCAGUCAUCGCUUGGCAAGCUCUCACUGCCAGUGGUGGAUACCUCACCGCGACCUCCCUCCAGGGCCUCGUAAUCAAUAGCCAAUCCAGCUACAUGCCUGAGCGAUGGCAAGGCACUCUGAUCGUGUUUGCUAUAAUGACUGUCUGCUUCAUUUUCAACACAUUCCUAGCAAAGCACCUUCCUAAGGUCGAGAACGCGGUGCUCUCGUUCCAUAUCAUCGGCUUCUUUAUCGUAUUAGUCACGCUAGUGGUUCUCGCGCCACAAAAGACCACUGCAUCAGAAGUUUGGACCUUGUUUUUGAACGAAGGGGGCUAUGAGAGUAAAGGAUUAUCAUUCUUUGUUGGCCUCAUUACCCCGGUGUUCGCGUUUACUGGUGCGGAUGGCGCUGUCCACAUGAGUGAGGAGAUCAAGCAUGCUUCUACGGUCCUCCCCUGGGCUAUGAUAGGAUCCAUCAUGAUCAACGGAGUAACUGGCUUCGCAAUGCUCAUUGCCAUCCUCUUCUGCAUCGGUGACAUCGAUGCGGCACUCAUGACACCCACUGGUUAUCCAUUCAUCGAAAUCCUAACCCAAGGCACUUCAUCCAUCGCCGGCGGCACUGUCCUUUCCGCCGCCCUCGUCACCAUGUUCAUCUUCGCCACCCUCAGCAUUCUCGCAUCCGCCAGCCGCCAACUCUGGGCCUUUGCGCGGGACAACGCCGUACCCAACGCUCGCAUCAUCAGCUACGUGCACCCGCAACUAAAAGUUCCGCUUGUCUCCAUCACCGCCACAUUCACAAUCUCUUGCCUCUUGUCCCUCAUCAACAUCGGGUCCGCUACCGUCUUCAAUGCAAUUGUGUCUCUCACUGUCGCGGGUUUUUUCGGAUCCUACAUCCUACCUUUCUCCCUGCUCCUAUACAAGCGAGUGUACCAGCCCGAGGACCUGGAAUUCGGACCGUGGAGACUUGGGAAGUGGGGGCCAUGGGUAAAUGGGUUUAGCAUUCUUUGGAGUCUAUUGGUUAUGUUUUUUAGCUUUUGGCCAACAAGCGUGCCGGUCACGCCAUUGAAUAUGAAUUGGAGUUGUUUGCUGUGGGGCGCGACAAUGAUUUUUGCGGGGGUGUUUUGGGUGGUGCAUGGCAGGUUUGUGUAUAAAGGGCCGAUUGUAGAAACAGCGGUUGCGGAUUUUGUUGAGUGUUGA